UGCGCGUGCGCCGGGCUGGCACUCGUGGGCCUCGGCCAUUGGGCCUCCGUCGCCACAGCUCACUGAGUCCAACUAGUAUUACCUGCAUGUGCACGUCUUUGAGGCCAAGCACUGGAGCAUGGGCAACCUACCAGCAGCCAUUCUCUGGAAGAAAAACGACCCUCCUAGCAGCCAACCACUGCCAACAGCUCCUAAGAUAGGGGGGGAAACUUCUGAGUCCCUCUCCCAUCCAUGCUGCAGUGUUGACUGGAUUGAUCUCGUACAGACCCACCAAGAAAACCCAACUAUCAUGGCACUGAGAAAUUCAACUGUCCAUUUUUCCAACCAAAACCAAACCAAACACAAGCCAGAGAAUGCUGGAGGAGACCUAAAGGAUGGCUGUCACGAGUACGAAGGAGCUGUUGUCAUUCUGGAUGCUGGGGCUCAGUAUGGAAAAGUCAUCGACCGAAGAGUGCGGGAGCUCUUUGUGCAGUCAGAGAUCUUCCCCUUGGAAACACCAGCUUUCGCCAUAAAGGAGCAAGGAUUUCGGGCUAUUAUCAUAUCUGGAGGACCUAACUCUGUGUACGCAGAGGAUGCUCCCUGGUUUGACCCAGCAAUAUUUACCAUCGGCAAGCCUGUUCUUGGAAUUUGCUAUGGCAUGCAGAUGAUGAAUAAGGUUUUUGGAGGCACUGUGCAUAAGAAAAGUGUUAGAGAAGAUGGAGUUUUCAAUAUUACAAUGGAUAACACAUGCUCAUUGUUCAGGGGACUUCAGAAGGAAGAAAUUGUUUUACUUACACAUGGAGACAGUGUAGACAAAGUCGCUGAUGGAUUCAAGGUUGUAGCACGCUCUGGGAAUAUUGUGGCAGGUAUAGCCAAUGAAUCUAAAAAGCUAUAUGGUGUGCAGUUCCACCCUGAAGUUGGCCUUACAGAAAACGGGAAAGUAAUACUGAAGAAUUUCCUGUAUGAUGUGGCUGGAUGCAGCGGGACCUUUACUGUGCAGAACCGAGAGCUUGAAUGCAUUCGAGAGAUCAAAGAGAGAGUGGGCACGUCGAAAGUGUUGGUUUUACUUAGUGGUGGUGUAGAUUCAACUGUUUGUACAGCUUUGCUGAAUCGUGCUUUAAACCAAGAUCAGGUUAUCGCUGUACAUAUUGAUAAUGGAUUUAUGAGAAAACGAGAAAGCCAGUCUGUUGAAGAGGCCCUCAAAAAACUUGGAAUUCAAGUCAAAGUGAUAAAUGCUGCUCAUUCUUUCUACAAUGGAACAACCACUCUUCCAAUCUCAGAUGAAGACAGGACCCCACGAAAAAGAAUUAGCAAAACAUUAAAUAUGACUACAAGUCCUGAGGAAAAAAGAAAAAUCAUUGGUGAUACUUUUGUUAAGAUUGCCAAUGAAGUAAUUGGAGAAAUGAGUUUGAAGCCAGAGGAGGUUUUCCUUGCCCAAGGUACUUUACGGCCUGAUCUAAUCGAAAGUGCAUCCCUUGUGGCUAGUGGCAAAGCUGAGCUCAUCAAAACCCACCAUAAUGACACGGAGCUCAUCAGGAAGCUGAGGGAAGAGGGAAAAGUAAUAGAACCUCUGAAAGAUUUUCACAAAGAUGAAGUGAGGAUUUUAGGCAGAGAGCUUGACCUGCCAGAAGAAUUGAUUUCCAGGCAUCCUUUUCCAGGCCCUGGCUUGGCAAUCAGAGUAAUAUGUGCUGAAGAACCUUAUAUUUGUAAAGACUUUCCUGAAACCAACAAUAUUUUGAAAAUAGUAGCUGACUUUUCUGCAAGUGUUAAGAAGCCUCAUACCCUGUUACAAAGAGUCAAAGCCUGCACGACAGAAGAGGACCAGGAGAAGCUCAUGCAGAUUACAAGUCUCCAUUCACUGAACGCUUUCUUGCUGCCGAUUAAAACUGUGGGUGUGCAGGGUGACUGUCGUUCCUACAGUUAUGUGUGUGGAAUUUCCAGUAAAGAUGAACCUGACUGGGAAUCUCUUAUUUUCCUUGCCAGACUUAUACCCCGAAUGUGUCAUAACAUUAACAGAGUUGUCUAUAUCUUUGGCCCACCAGUUAAAGAACCUCCUACAGACGUUACUCCUACUUUCUUGACAACGGGGGUGCUCAGUACUUUGCGCCAAGCUGAUUUUGAGGCCCAUAACAUUCUCAGGGAGUCUGGGUAUGCUGGGAAAAUCAGCCAGAUGCCAGUGAUUUUGACUCCGUUACAUUUUGAUCGAGAUCCACUUCAGAAACAGCCCUCAUGCCAGCGAUCUGUGGUUAUUCGAACCUUUAUUACUAGUGACUUCAUGACUGGUGUGCCUGCAACACCUGGCAACGAGAUACCUGUAGAGGUGGUGCUAAAGAUGGUCACUGAGAUAAAGAAGAUCCCUGGAAUUUCUAGAAUUAUGUAUGACCUAACAUCAAAGCCCCCGGGAACCACCGAGUGGGAAUAAUAAAUGUGUUGUUGUUGAA